AUGGAUGCAAACGGCGACGCGACGCAUGCUCUGUUCACCGGCGAAGCCAUGAUGUUUUCCCCAGCACGCUCCACUGCAUCCACCGUCAUCCCAGACAUCAAACGUUACUCUAUUUUAAUUGAAGGGGAGCCUGUUUCAUCGGUCAUAUUGAUUGGAACUGUUUCACACUCCAAUGUUCGAAUGGAUCACUGGUCUUUUGAGCUCCGUGAUGCCACUGGCAUUAUCAACGUAUCAUACUGGCUAGAAACAACUGCUGAUUCAAAACUGGCUUGGUCAACAAGCAACGGUGAUUACGUUCAGGUUUUUGGCAAAACUGGGAUGAACGAAUAUUUCCUACAGAUUAAAGCUUUCAAGAUAAGGCCCAUCGUAAACUACAAUGAUACAACUCAUCACUACAUGUAUUCAAAAUAUUGCACGUUGGACAUUCGUAAGACAAACGCUUUGAAGGCAAAGUUAAAACCAUCCUCAAGCGCAUCAACUGUGUUCCCCAAGGGGCCAGCAAUCACACCGACCGAGGUGCCAAUGGAAUUGUCAACGAAGGACAAGAUUUUCACCAUACUCCGUGACCCGGCGUAUAGGGAUAUUGCGCAUGGCGUCAGCCUGAAAUUGAUUCGUAGUGCAUUAGACAUCAGUCAGGACGAAAUAAUGAAAGUUAUCUCGGAGCAGAUUUAUCUCGGCUUGAUCUACACAACAGUCGACGACAACCACUUCAAGUCUUCCAUCUGA